AUGUGUGAAACGUUCACGUUCAGUGGAUGCGGUGGAAAUGCAAAUCGCUUUGCUAGCCUUUAUUCAUGCAAAUCGCAUUGUGAUGGCUUAAUCCGUCCCAAGUCACCCCAGUGUGCGUAUUAUCCGGAUUGGGGUCCAUGCAAUCAACUGCGUUAUAUGUGGUUCUUCAAUAUGAGCCGUGGAACGUGUGAUCAGUUUCUGUGGGGUGGAUGUGCCGGAAAUACAAAUCGUUUCGAAUCAUUUGAGUUAUGCCAAAUAACUUGUGAGGAACCUGGCAAUGUGCAUGACAUUUGUACGGAACCGUUGGAUCGUGGUAAAUGGUGUCAACCGAUGUCAAAUCGUUACUAUUAUAACAGUCAAUCGAAAACUUGCAAGGGUUUCCACUAUACGGGUUGUGGCACGAGUGCGAAUAAUUUCUUGUCGCUG